AUGCACCGGAGUCUCCGCCAGCUGAGGCCUCUCGUACCAAAAGCUCCCGUCCGCCUUAGCCCCCUCUCCCGGCAUAACCACCAGCAUGCUCCGUCAACGAGCUCGUCCUCGAGCGCAGCAGGUUCAACGCCCAACGUUGGCUCGAACCUGAGCAGCAGCCAGUCGCAGGGUGCGCGCACGACCCACUUUGGGUUCAAGACCGUGCCGGAGGGGCAGAAGGAGGACCUCGUCCGCAACGUAUUCGAGAGCGUCGCGUCCUCGUACGACGUCAUGAACGACGCCAUGUCCCUCGGCGUGCACCGGCUCUGGAAGGACGAGUUCGUGGCGCGUCUGCAGCCCGGCGCGCGUGGCGCCAAACGGUGCAUCGACGUCGCGGGCGGCACGGGCGACAUUGCGCUCAGGAUACUCGACUACGCGCGCGAGAAGCACGCAGACCGGGAGACGAGCGUGGACGUCGUCGACAUUAACGGGGAGAUGCUGAAGGAGGGGUUCAAGCGGUUUAAGAAGACCAUGUACCACAAUACUCCUCAAAUCGCGUUCAAGCAGGCGAACGCGCAAGCCAUGCCCGAGGAGGAGUUCCCCUCGAACACGUACGACCUGUACACCAUCGCCUUCGGCAUCCGGAACUGCACCUCCGUCCCCGACGUGCUCAAGGAGGCCUACCGCGUGCUCAAGCCCGGAGGCACCUUUGCAUGCCUCGAGUUCAGCCGGGUAAACAACCCGCUAUUUGGCACCCUGUACGACCAAUACUCGUUCUCGGUUAUCCCGCUCCUUGGCACUAUUCUCGCUGGCGACCGCGAGUCGUACCAGUACCUCGUCGAGAGCAUCCGCAAGUUCCCGCCGCAGCCGGAGUUUGCGAAGAUGAUCGCAGACGCCGGGUUCACGACGGGCGGCAUGCAUGAGGGCAAGGGCGGUACCUGGACGGACCUCUGGGGCGGCAUCGCCAGUAUACAUACCGGAGUCAAGUUAUAA